AUGGCGGACCUAAUGCUGACACUGACUCGGGAGGUGGUCCUGCAGGUACAAGUUGCUGUUGAGCAGCUUAGCAAGGGAAUAAUGAUUCGAACGAUGUAUCUCUUGUCUGGCGAACGGAAGAAGCCACAGCUGCAGCAGCAGGAGGAAUGCACUGAUAUUUGGGUCGCGACAUUAGGCCGCCUCACAGCCUUCAUGGAGGAGGGAAAGAUGAAUCUUGGCCGUUGCCCUUUCCUGGCUGAGGCGGACCGCGUGUUGGUGCUGGAGUACGUCGAGAAUCUUCGGGCCAUCGCGGACAGCAUACGACCGGACCGACAGACGCUCGUGACGCUUGGAUACAGCGUCACAAGCGUAACGUCACGAGCGUAA